GUAAUCGACAAAAAAAACAAUGGGAAAUAGUAUCCUUUCAACAUUAAAUAAAACUCGCAAAAUGAAGAGAGGUUCAUCGUCAAAAUCAUCAAAAUCCAAGGAAAAUAACAAUAAUCGUCAAAAUGAACAAAAACAACUCCAAUAUUAUCUCCCAAAUCAUGUAAAAGAUACCGAUAUAAUGGUUAUAUUACACUUUCUUGCACGUUAUCUUUUUCAAAGUAUUUUCAGUGCACCAAUUGAACAUAAAUUCUCCCAAGAAGAUUAUAAAAUCUUGGAUGUCGGAUGCGGUCCAGGCACUUGGUUAUUGGAAUUGGCGACAGUUCAUAAAUUUCCAAAAUUCUUUGGACUUGAUUUAUUUCCCAUAUAUCCAACAGAAAUUAAACCUGAUAAUGUAGAAUUUACACAAGGAGAUGUUUUGAAAGGACUUCCUUUCAGCGACAACACUUUUGAUUACGUUCAUCAAGGGAAUAUGUUAAGUGUAUUUACUUUUGAAGAAUGGCAUUCUGUUAUACAAGAAUUAAUAAGAGUAUGUAAACCGGGUGGUUAUAUAGAAUUCACUGAACCUGAACUAGCAACAAAUACAGGACCAAUACUUACAAGAUUUUAUGACGCACUAAUCACAUUAAGCGAUUCUCGUAAUGUAAAAAUUCGAAUUUCUAAAGAAAUAAUCAAAAUUCUUGAAUCAUCACCAACAGUAAAAAAUGUAGAUUAUAAAAUUGCCACAGUAUCAUUAGGAACUAAAAAAGGAGGAAACGCUGGGCAAGCAUAUAUGGAAGUACAUGAUGGAUAUUUUUUAAAUGACCCUAUGCCUGAAACUAUGUGUAAAUUUAUGGAACUUUCACAAGAAGAAUAUUUAAAAUUAUUUAAAGAUGCUAAAGAUGAAAUUGAAUCUGGUGUUGCACCUGAUUGUGACCUAUAUAGAAUAUGGUGCCAAAAAGCACAAUAAAACAAAUAAAUAUGUUAGAAAUAAUGGAUGGUUAUUAGGUUAGACA